AUGCCGGGUUUUGAAUCUCUAAUCCUGGGUGAGAAGACUGCCGUGAUAUUUGAUAUUGGAUCUGCAUACACAAAGCAUCUGUUAGUUAAUCCGAAAGACAGACGAGUGGUUGUUAUCGAAAGCGUCCUCUCUACCAGCGAAUUUCGUGAUCUGGUCGCGGAUGUUCUGUAUAACCAUUUCGAGGUUUACGAGGGCUACACACUAUUGAAUUCCUGGCAAGCCAGCCAACUGGGAAGUCGUGCAGUUUUCAAGUUUGUCCUAUUUCUGCGCAUAAUAGUUUCCAUUAGAAACCUUGAAGAGUUAUUACAAAAAGAUGCUAGUAUCGUAAACGAAACGGGCGACGUGGUUCCACUAGCUUCCUGUCCACCGAGGACCGCCUUUGUUAGUCCGGCUUCCAGAGCUGAAGAAUGGCAGAAAUGGUUGGAUGCCCAGGUUGAUGAGGAAACAGCAAACAAAGUAAAUCCACCAAAGGUCGCUGAGGAUGCGUUCUAUUAUCCGCUGAACAGCCUAAGCGGUAGCAAACGCCUGUUGAUCCCUUCACGCAUUCGCGAACUGAGCGUUGAAUGUUUGUUUACGUGUGAUAAUGAUCGGAUCACUCUGGCGACGCUGCUGCUGAAGUCUAUUCAGUCCAGUCCCAUCGAUAUUCGAAGGUAA